AUGAAGCGAAAUCGCAUUCAAUUCGAAGCCAACGGCGAUUUGUCGUCGGAUUCUCCUCAGAGCGCAUACCCGCCCGCCGCAGCGGAGGAUGACUCGCAGCAGGGUCCGAGACAUAUCCCCAAGAUAUCUCGAAAAAUUCGGGCGUGUACAGAAUGCAAACGGCAUAAAGUACGGUGUGACAUGAAGGCUGGCGAGUCCAUGUGUAACAGAUGCCGACGCAUGGGCCUGGAAUGUGUUGUCAAUAAGAGCCUUCAGACUUUGUUGGAGGAUGAAGCGGAAUGGAAGACCACGAUGGAACUUGCUAUGGCAGACUUGCUCAAGAAAGCUCAAUUACCGGACCUCUCAUAUUAUCACGCUGGCAGCAGACAGACCGAAACACCCUCGAGGAGAAGAGAUCGCAAAGGGUCGACGGUAUCUACAGAGGAUAAUGGCAUUGGGGUGGGUCAUAGUAGAAGAACAGAGUCUAUUGAUACUACACCGGGCGCAGCAACGAGACCGAGUCCAUCGAAUUAUGCAUUUCCCCGACAGCAGCAGCAGCAGCAGUAUUCCCUCGAUAGGGAAGAAAAUGGAACAUCGUCUUUGGUUACCGCACCGAUGGGGAGCUUGUACGAAGUGACUCAGUUGAGUGAUAUUCCAGCAGGUUCUCCAGGGCGUCAACAUGCUUCAGAUCUUGUUACCGAUUUCAUCUCACGGGGAGUCAUGGAUUUGCGAGAGGCAGAAGAAUUAUUCUAUUUCUUUGACAAUGUACUGAAUCGCUACUUAUGGGAUGGCAUGACAUUGGUUCACAAUGAUCUUGCCUCUGUUCGAAAUUCAUCGUCAAUGCUCGCUGCCGCCAUUCUGGCUGUCACGGCGCUUCAUAUGCCUAACAAAGAACGCACUUUUGAUACCUGUUAUAACGAAUUCGCAAAACUGGCGUCGGAAUCCAUGCUUGAUCGACAUCAUACUAUGGAUGACUUGCGCGCACUAUGUAUCGGAGCGUUUUGGCUCGCGGAUGUCAGCUGGAAACUCUCCGGGUACGCAGUCCGGAUCGCAACAGAGCGAAAUCUACAUCAGUGUUAUCGUAAGGCUGCGCAAGGAUCUCCAGAACAUCAAGACCAGGCCAGGCUUUGGUAUCUUCUAUAUACCUUGGAGCACCAUUUCUCCAUCGCAUACGGGCGGCCACCGAUAAUCCACGAAGAUUCGACCAUCACAAACCACAGUGCUCUUAUAAUGCAUCCGAAUGUGUCACAGGGAGAUCUCCGCUUGCAUAGCCAAGUUGAUUUGUUCAUCAUUCUUACUCGUGUCUAUCACGCUUUCGGGCCUGAUGUUGAUUUGGAGGUUCCGGAGAGCGAUUUUUCGAAAAUAGACCGCUUCGACGCUGACCUUGAGGAAUGGAAAUCCGAUUGGAUCCCUCGUUUAGUUGGAAGUCGGUAUGUUGGCGCGUAUCCUUACAAGGCCGUUUAUCUGCACUACCAUUUCUGCCGAUUACAGCUAAACUCGGUCGCUUUGCGAACCUAUCACUCUUCGUACUCCACACGCACAAUGUCUCCUGAACGCAAGAAACGAGCAGGCUUGGCCAUCGAUUCCGCUAUUGCAACGCUCCUUGUUGUUCUUGAUGAGCCGGACAUUCAGAGAGCAUUGGUCGGAGUUCCGCUAUAUCUUCACAGCAUGAUAACCUUUGCAGCUGUAUUUCUCCUCAAAAUUGCUGCAAAGUGUUGUUCGAGCGGUAUCCCUGGUGCUCAAGGGCAGCAAAACUCCAUUACAUCGGCCGGCCUGCUCAUUGACGUUGCUUAUGUCCGUGACUUGGUUGGACGCAUUAUCGACCUAAUGAUAUCAUGCAGUAGGCGAGCCAGCGAGCGCCAUCUCGUCCAUCACAUUGCUCGUGGGUUGAGAAAGAUGCUUGUUGGACUCGAGGAGUGGGAGAAGAGAAAUUCCGUUAACCAGCAGCUCCCGGGGCAGCUUCCCUUCGAAACAACUUCUAUUUUCAAGCCGAUAAUCAUUCCUGGAGCCCAGCCUCUGGGCGAGCGAGAUACUAUUUUAAACCACCCCCCUCCGCUGUUAGGAGUAGCUCCUCUCUCCGCUGAGCGGAGCAAUGGAUUUGAACCCGCCCCAGCACAAGGCAAAGAUGAGACUGGUCUUUCCGAAGGCUCCGUCGACCCUAUGAUGGCUGAUCUAUGGGGCUUCGACGAGGAGUAUUUCCCGACAGGAGUCUUCGACUUUCUCCAAUCUCAGAUGCCCGCUUGA